AUGGCUACUGAACAUUAUAAAGUCGGAGAUGACAAUGACCACCCGAAUCAUAAUGAGAAUUUCAGGUAUUUGAUAGUGAAGCCUCAGAAUGGUGGCAUUCGAGACUUGGCUAGAUUCUUCUACGCCAGCGAUGCUGCCCACAAGUUUCUUGAAGUUUCCGAUGAUGGGCUGCUGUUGGAUGAUCAUCAACGCGGUAAUCGUGGUGAUGAUGGUGGAGAAACGCCUUAUCACAAAUGGGUUAUAUUCGUUUCUAUUGUGGUCCGAAAAAUCAUUGCUUUUGUUGGUAAGCCCAUGGAGUGGAUUGGCUACCUUGUCGAAUUCCUCCUCAACUUGCUCUCCAACAAUGGUGGCUUCUUUAGCUUGCUCUUUAACAUCCUGCAUGGGAAACUAGUGUUGCCCCAGAGAGGGUCCGAAACUUUCAUUAGUGCAAUUGGGCAUCUGGAUGGGCGCAUAAAUCUGUACCAGAGCUAUGAGUCAUUCCCUAGAUCAGAUGGGGAAACUGAUCCUCUGCAAAAAUCUGUACAAUUUGAAAUAGGAAGCCGGUCGCUCAUGGACCUCUGCAUUAUGGCUUCAAAGUUAGCUUAUGAGAAUGCCUUGGUUGUUAAAAACGUUGUGAAUCUUCACUGGAAGAUGCACUUUGUUGACUUUUUUAACUGCUGGAAUGAUUACGAGAAGGAUAACUCGACUCAGGUUUUCAUAAUGUGUGAUAAGCCAAAAGAUGCGAAUUUGAUUCUGAUCAGCUUCAGGGGCACCGAGCCAUUUGAUGCUGAUGAUUGGAUCACUGAUUUCGACUACUCUUGGUAUGAAGUUCCCAAGCUCGGGAAAGUACACAUGGGGUUUUUAGAAGCAUUGGGUUUGGGAAGCCGAAGGAAUGCAUCCUCGUUCCAAGAAAAUCUGAGGGUUGUAAACAAUAAAACUACAAGUGGAUCUGAUGAAUCAUCAACCACAGCAGAGUCUGAUGCACAAGAUGGUGGAUCAGAUCAUUCCUCUGACUCCGAACAACAGGAUCAUAAAAGAACUGAAAAAUUCCCCUUAAUGGCAGAGAAGACAGCUUACUAUGCUGUGAGAAGCAAGCUCAUGCACUUACUUCGAGAACACAAAAAUGCGAAGUUUGUUGUCACAGGGCAUAGCUUAGGAGGAGCUCUUGCUGUGCUAUUCCCGGUUGUGCUUGUGCUGCACGAUAAGGAUGAGAUCUUGCAAAGGAUGCUUGCCGUGUAUACCUAUGGACAACCGAGGGUCGGGAACAGGCAGUUAGGAAGGUCAAUGGAAGCACAUCUGAGCAGACCUAUUCUGAAGUACUUCAGGGUAGUCUACUGUAAUGAUCUUGUUCCGAGGUUGCCUUAUGAUGACAAAACCUUCUUGUAUAAGCAUUUCGGUGCAUGCCUGUAUUACAACAGCCUCUACAUUGAACAAAAAGUGGAUGAGGAACCGAACCCAAAUUACUUCGGGAUAAGGUUCCUGAUACCAGAGUACCUGAAUGCGGGUUGGGAGCUGGUCAGGAGCUUCCUCGCUGGAUAUGUCUACGGGCCUGAGUACAAGGAAGAUUGGGAAUCCACACUACUGAGGAUUGUAGGACUUGGCAUCCCAGGUUUGUCUGCGCACAGCCCAGUGGACUAUGUUACAUCUGUAAGACUUGGGAGGGAAAAAACUAUGAUACAAAUGUCGUCUUUAUAG